AUGCACCAAUCAGAGCGCGUGCGCAGCCGGACUGGCAGCCGCCGUCCCAAUGGCGCGCACCGCCCUGCCGGAGCCCCUCCCUCCAUCCGCGGGCCGAGCGCGGCCGGGCGAGCACAGCGUCGGGCGGCGGCGGCUGAGCGGGAGGCGCGGAGGCGCAGCCGCGACAUCGACGCGCUGCUGGCCCGCGAGCGGCGCGCCGUGCGGCGCCUCGUCAAGAUCCUGCUGCUGGGCGCCGGCGAGAGCGGCAAGUCCACCUUCCUCAAGCAGAUGCGCAUCAUCCACGGCCGCGAGUUCGACCAGAAGGCGCUGCUCGAGUUCCGGGACACCAUCUUCGACAACAUCCUCAAGGGCUCAAGGGUUCUUGUUGAUGCAAGAGACAAGCUGGGCAUUCCUUGGCAGUACUCUGAAAAUGAGAAGCAUGGCAUGUUCUUAAUGGCCUUCGAGAACAAAGCAGGGCUGCCCCUGGAGCCAGCCACCUUCCAGCUGUACGUCCCAGCCCUGAGUGCCCUCUGGAAGGACUCUGGUAUCAGGGAGGCCUUCAGCCGCAGGAGUGAGUUCCAGCUGGGUGAAUCCGUGAAGUACUUCCUGGAUAACCUGGACCGGAUUGGCCAGCUGAAUUACUUUCCUAGUAAGCAAGACAUCCUACUGGCCAGGAAAGCCACCAAGGGCAUUGUGGAGCAUGACUUCGUUAUUAAAAAAAUUCCUUUUAAGAUGGUGGAUGUGGGUGGCCAGCGGUCCCAGCGCCAGAAGUGGUUCCAGUGUUUCGAUGGGAUCACGUCAAUCCUGUUCAUGGUGUCCUCUAGUGAGUAUGACCAGGUCCUCAUGGAGGACAGACGCACCAACCGGCUGGUGGAGUCAAUGAACAUCUUUGAGACGAUCGUCAACAACAAGCUGUUCAUCAACGUCUCCAUCAUCUUGUUCCUCAACAAGACAGACCUCCUGGUGGAGAAGGUGAAAACCGUCAGCAUCAAGAAGCACUUCCCCGACUUCAGGGGUGACCCCCACCGGCUGGAGGACGUGCAGCGCUACCUGGUCCAGUGCUUUGACCGGAAAAGGCGCAACCGCAGCAAGCCGCUCUUCCACCACUUCACCACCGCCAUCGACACAGAGAACAUCCGCUUCGUGUUCCACGCUGUGAAGGACACCAUCCUGCAGGAGAACCUGAAGGACAUCAUGCUGCAGUGAAGAGACCCCAAUACUCGUCCUGCCCCUAAGCAGCCCCGCAGCCUCGGGUCAGGAGUCUGGUGGGGGGUGAUCCACAUGGUCCGGGAGUGGGUUUCUAGGGCCCGGGCCUUCACACACCAGGCUCCCGAAUGCCGUGAGACAGCCAGCUGGAAGCGCACUUGGCAGAAGGACAGAGACACUCUGGUGUCAGCUACUGAGUCCUGGGGACCAGGAAAACUACUGAGCAACCACACGAUCACCUUGGUAUUCAUCUGUAAUACCUGACGCCACGGCUUGCUUUCUUUUUACAGAAACUGUAUUCCUUUCCUGACACCCUUUACAUCAAAGCUUGUGUGUAUGUGUGUGCACACGCACGCUCGCUCUUCCGCGACAAAAACCUGUACACCCAGCAGCCUUGCAGAUGGCUUUUCUGUCUAACUCGCAAGUCCUCCGUGAGGCAGACUAACCUGAGGCCCUGCCUAGCAGUAGUUUGUAGGCGAUUGCGUGCGUGCCAGUGCCCCUGAGCUCGGAGCACACGAGGUGACCCCCGGCCCAGCUUUAGAGUCUGACGCCACCGCUCACGUGAAUGGCUUGCCUUUUAAAACUCUAGUGCCAGUUUCCUAAGAGACACUCAUCUAGGUGUGUUUGAUUAAGCCAAGUAGCCUCUCGAGUCUUAGACAGGGAGGUCGAGAGCUUUGUUCAUGAGGACUUGCCUCAACGCCUGCAGCCCUCACGCAGGUUUUCUUGCCUUACAUGUAGAAUUGCCCAGUAGCACAACAUGUCAUGGAAGCGUGUGGAAACGGCAUGCCAACAGCACACAAUGAUGCGUUUACUUUUCCCCACCCACCCCUUUCUUCCUCCCGCUUCCAUGGCAAAGACAUACAAACCAAACCAAGUGGCCUUGCAGAUGGCUUCUCUGUUUUGCGUGCAAGUCACCUCUGCACCUCCAGUUGGCAGCAUUUAGCAUUUCCUUCUUUUGGAAAUAGCAGAGAGCUUCACAUUCCUCUUCUGAGGCUUCCGAAAGCUGGCAAGCUUACUAGCGGAGCUUUGUUAGCACAGCAGCUGCUUGGGGAGUUCCUGGCAGCUGACCUUUCGGGAAGCCCACAGACUCUGGAGAAAUCUGAGUUUCUCCAUACCACAGCCUCACCAAUGCCUUUGGACAGCCAGCUCCUGUUCUCAACUCUCCUGCAAACUGGACUCUCCUCAAGGGCUCUGGCUUCUAUUACUGCACACACAUAACAAGUAAACCCUGUCACGCAUAGCUCUCCUCGGGGUGCAGCUGCAGAGGGCUGGGACGGGAGGGGAACUGACAAACUGAAGCUCGGCUCACUUAUCCAGGUUCACCUGGCCAGGUGUCAGUCACUGUGUCCAAAAUACAUUGCAUUCCAAACGCGUCCCCACUGUGUGUCACUCUACUAAAAGUCUGUCCAGUGUGCUUAGGGACUUUCCUACCUAACAUUUAAAAAAAAAAUAUUCUAGCAUUAAAGGAAAAAAAAGGUUUAUUCUGUAACCAGCACCAGAAUGUUGCUGUGGCUGACCACCAUCUCCCAGGGCUGUGUGCCAAGACCACGCUUGGUUCCCUGGGUCCCUCUCACCUCUGUCACCUCAUUUUUAGCAUGCAGAACCCACAUAAUCUUCUGGAAGAUGCGGACCCAAAAGAAGAAGGAGAAAAUAGCCGCUUGUGCGUCACCCUGUUUAUCACAGCACUUCUGAUUAGGAGACAGCAUGAAUUCUCUCUCUCUGGGCUCUCAAGGGCAUGUGUCAGUAUUCCCUGGGGUUUUGACUCUUUCUCUUUGGCUGGAAAAAAAGUUGCUGUCUUUGUACUACUUCCUGUGGCUCUUCAUAAAUGGGCGGAUAUGACCCAGGAUUGGUACUGGUGACCGUGUUUUCAGGGAAGAGAAGGCUCUCGAUGGGGUCCCUCAGGAUGGUUCUCAGAUCCCAGUGGGGUGCGCGCUGUCACCCAGAUUAGUUUUCAUAUUAAGUCUGUCAGGAUCCAAAGCCUCCAGGAGAUGCAGGCUCCUCCUCUGCCAACCUGGAGAUCCCUCCUGGUGCUCUGGAGGUCGCUGCUGUCAGGGUCGGGAGCGUAGACCAGCCUCGUCAGUGCGUGCUCCUGUCCCUUUACACAGUCAGACGUAGUUGCAGCUCGCUUGCAAAACCAGAAAAAAGAUGAGGCAUUGGGACUUAGGUUUAACUGGUCAUCCAAGAUAGGGAAUAGAAGAUAGAGGCGGUGGCCCAAAGCCCAGGGACCUCAGACCAGCUGCCUCUGACCCUGGACACCCUCGCCAAGUCUCUUAGCUCUGCUGAACCUGGGCUUCCUCCUCUCUGUGACUGCCGGGAGAAGUGAAAGUCUUCAAAGGGCCUGCCAGUUUGAUACUCUGAGGUUUAUUGUUCCUGGUGCAGAAGUUAGCUAUUUGCAAGGCUAACCUACAAUCACCUGCAACUUUUCUACACAUAGGUCAUAGUCAUUUUGGUCUCCAAAGCCUUAGGCAUUUAUGUUAUUAUUUUUAAUUUCACUGUUUUUCUCAAUUAUUGUCUUUUUUUAUUGAGAUGUUGAAGAAGCAGGAGGCGGCUGUACCUCAUCUACUAUUGCAAAAAAAUAUAACAAUAAACUUCCUCAAAAUAAGACAUUUUCCUCAUAGUUAUACUGUUUACACCUAAGAACACAUGUAAGUUUUUUUAAUGCAAUGUAUUUUUAACUUCUGCUGGUAGAGAAAUUUGCUCACAGCUUUUGAGUCACAGCUUUGUAAUUUAUAGAGAUCUCUAGAAUUCUUGGAAUCUUUUUUUACUUCUUUGAUAAAAGAAAAACGAGUCAGGUUAUUGUAACUCCAAGAUCAGAAAAUUAUCUUGAAACAAAAUUUCUAGUUAUGACUGGCUGAUGAACUUCGGGUCCUGGGAACAGACAUUUACAAUUUGGUGGUGUAAGAAAAAGAUGUCAUUAGAAUGACAUAGUCCAGGUGACUGGCUCCUGUCAUACAUUUUGCACACUGUGUCACCUUUGCCUAGGAGGGUCUGGGCUAAAGAUUGGACCACCUCUAUCUCUGGAUGUCUUUUGAAACAAAUCCUUAGUUUUGUUCUGCCUAAAACAAAAUUUCAGCAUUCAAAACCAACAGCAAAUUAACUUUUCAGUCCCAAAAAUUCAGAGCAAAUAACUCUAGUCCCCAUUUUACUUGAAGGUUCACUAUUUCUUGGUGCCAGUUUUUAUUUCCACAUAGUAAAGAAAGCCUGGCACAGACGAGAAGCACCAUAAAGUAUUCAUUGGCUUGAAUGGAAGCUUCUAGAACACAACUUCAAACAGUGCCAUGGCAACAGGUACCUGCACAGGUGAGACUGAGGAGUUCUAUGCUGAUAUCUAGAAAGUCCAGGGGAGAAGGGCCUGGUGGCUGACACUCGACAUGGUCCAGAAAGCCCUGGGGACCCUAGGAAAGCUAGGGGCGGGGGGGGCGCUCAGAUUCCAACCACAAAAUGAGGAAACCAUCCAUGGUGCUCAGGACUCUGCAGAAACUGAUGCUUCUGCAUAAUUGGUCAUCUUUCUCCAACAAGCGGGUUU